AUGGAUGAUUUUGUUUCCCUGGUAAACACAACUUAUUCAAACCUGUCAAAGCUUUCUUCAAAACUAGUGAAGGCGAAGGACAUCUUCCCUGGAAAUGACUUGGUGAAAAAAGUUGAUGAAGUUUUAGGAAAGGUGGCAGCUAGGGAACCAUCAAUUCUAAGCCAAGAUGAAGAAUUCUUUGGCAGUGAGGAUUUCCUAAAUGCACUUGCACAAGCUGAGAAGAAUCUGAGGCAAGGGUCUGAAAAGCAAACAACUGAGAAGCAAAUGACUGGGAAGAAAUUAACCAAAAAGGGAAAGGAAAAAGAACAAGAAUAUGACAUCAGAAAAGCUUUCAGCUUGGGGUUGACUCCACCUUCUCCAGCCAUUGAAACAGGGCCCACCUCUUCAACACUUGGUAAUAUAAUUGAACAACCAAUAAUUUCAACAAAUGCUGGAGAAAAGGAUGUGGGUAAAACUUCAGCAACUUCAGAACAAAGAAUUGAAGAAUUUUCUAGAACUGGUAUAAUGUUCAAUUAA